AAUAAUGUGCUCAUGUUAAAAGUAAACUAAUAUUUAUUUUUAUUUAAAAAAUUAACUGAUAUUUAUCUUGAACAUUUUUACAUUUAGUAACAAUGGUGAAAGUAAAAAACAAAAAGGGAGUAUCAGCUGAGCGUGUUCAUGUUAAAAAAGAACCGAAAAAGACGAAUCCCUUCGAGGUUCAUGUAAAUAGGGAAAAGCUACAAGUUAUAGGCAAGAAGCAAAAGAAUGAUAGAGGUCUUCCAGGUGUCUCCAGAGCUAAAGCCAUCCAUAAACGAAAAACUACCUUACUGGAAGAAUACAAGGUUCAAAAUAAAAACAAUAAAUUUCUCGACAGACGAAUUGGCGAGAAAGCUCACAUGGACAGUGAAGAAAAAGCUUUGGCGAGGUUUACGGCACUGAAAGUCAAAGCCCAUAAUAGAAAGAGUAUUUUUAAUCUUGCCGACGAUGAAAUUUUAACUCAUAAAGGACAGACACUUAACGAAAUUGAAAAAUUUGACGAUCCUAGAUCAGAUGAUGAAGACUUGUCCGAUAGCGAAAAAAAGACUGGAAAUUUGGAGUCAAAUUUUGUAAAAGAAGCUCAUUUUGGCGGAGGGCUAUUUACAAACACAGGAAAAGAAGGAGCUAUGACCCACAAAGAUUUAAUAAACCAACUUAUUGUCGAGUCCAAGAAAAGAAAAGCAGAAAAACAGAAGCUGAAAGAAGCCACUCUCGAACUAACAGAAAAACUAGACACAGAAUGGAAAGAUCUCAUUCCAUUAGUUAGUCAAAAUUCUCGAAAUAAGGAAGAAGUUAAAAAACCACCAAUUGAUGACUAUGACAAAGUAAUGAGGGAGUUAAUGUUUGAGAAAAGGGGGACAGUUUCAGACAGAUUAAAAACUGAAGAUGAAAUAGCCAAAGAAGAGAAAGAAAAUUUAGAACAGUUGGAGCAAGAGAGGCUAAGAAGGAUGAAUAAUAAUGAGGACGAAAAGCCCAAGCAGUAUCAUAGAAGUGCAGAUGAUUUGGAUGAUGGAUUUGUUUUUGAUGAUGUAGAUGAUCAAGAAGACAAUACUUUGAGCUAUAAUACUGAAGGUCAAUCAAAUGUUCAAAUUGAAGCAAAUGUAAAUGGAACUAUACUAAAAGCCACUAAAAACCAGGAAGAAGGCAAUUCAGAAGUUGAAGAAGACCAAGAUGAAGAGGAUGAGGGUUCAAAUGAAGAAUUGGAAACUGAUUCAGAAGAUAAUCUCUCAGAUUUGAAGGAAGAUGAUAGUGAAAGUGAAGCUGAAGAAGAUAAAAUAGAUAAUAAUGUACAGAAUGAAGAUAAUGAUCAAGAAGAGGAUGAUGUAGAAGAGAAUGUUGAUGAAAAUGUGAGGGAUAGUGCAAUAAGUCAAAAAUGUUUUGAAGAGGACAGUGUAAAAUUAUCAGGUACUGCAGUAAAUGAUGUGAAGAAUACUGUAAAUUUAGAAAGAUCUAACAAAAAAGCUAAUAAAUCUUUAGAUGAAGACACACCCAACAUUCCUUUCACAUUUAAACUACCAAACGCUUAUGAAAGUUUACUUGAAACUUUAGAACAAUAUGUUGGUCAUGAAGAAAUCAUCAUACAGCGAAUGGUGAAAUGUAACCAUCCUAGUAUGUCAGAUAAAAACAAAGAAAGUUUAGGCCUUUUAUUUGCUUACAUCCUUCAAUACAUUAACGACUUAUUUUCAGAAAACAAGGACUCCAAAACUAUGAAAAACAAUUUUAAUAUCUUUAAACGUCUCGUUCCUGAAAUAUAUGAUCUUGUUAAACUGAUUCCAGAAAGUUCUCAUACGUCUGUUCUAGAAGUGAUCAAAGAAAAGUUUGAGGAAUUCAAGAAGAGGCCCAAAGUGUUUCCUGGUAUAGAAGUUUUAGUUUUUCUCAAGCUAGUCAGUGUAUUAUUUCCUACUUCUGAUUUUAGACAUCAAAUAGUUACUCCUUGUUAUAUAUUUAUGGAACAGAUGUUGACAAAAUGCAGAGUCAAGCAAAGAAAGGACAUUGCGUAUGGUUUAUUUCUUUCAUCCUUAGUAUUAGAGUACUCUGCCUUAUCAAAGAGGUACCUCCCAGCUGUGAUCAACUUCCUUUCUGGUCUUUUGCACAUGGCAGUGCCAAAAGCAGGUGUAAGGUUGCUGAAAAUUCCACCACCUUUCAAAUCAACUGCUACACAUUUAGUCUUGAUAGAAAAUUUCAGUUUAGAACAGUUGCCAUGUAUGAAACUAGAUGCAACAGACUUUUGUGAACAAGAGAUAACAGCAGAAUAUCAAGUCAGAGCUCUAUAUAACAUUGGAAAGCUUUUAGAACAAUUCUUGGAUCAUUAUAAGCUACUUUCCAGUCAUGUGGAGAUAUUUGAAAAGGUUUUGCAGUAUCUGGAGUUGAUACCUUUUUCCAGCUAUCCUACAAUUGUACAAAAUAGUCUAAAGCAGCUGGUAGAUUCCCUGAAAAGGUCAAAGGAAGAAAGAAAUUUGGAAUAUCUGGUGAUGGAAAUUUCAAGGCCCAAAGCAUUGAGGCUGUAUGAACCCAGAAUACAACCAGUGUAUGAUGGAAAACAACAUAAAAACCAGUCAAAGGAAAAAGCCCAGUUUAAUAAAUUGAUGCACAAAGUAAAACGGGAGAAGAAAGGUGCCCUUAGAGAAAUUAGAAGGGACACUGCAUUUUUGGGAAGAGUUAAAGUCAAUAGACAAAUACAGAGUGAUAUGGAAAGGAGAGAUAAAGUUAAAAGGAUUUAUUCGGAUGCAGCACAACAACAGAGUGAGUUAAAUGAAAUAGACAGGAAAAAGAAAAGGAAACAUUGACCACAUUGUUAUUUAAUAAAAUAUUUUUUAAGUUUGC